UUCAAAUGUGGAAAAUAAUUUUUAUAGGUUGACAUAUGGUGAUUUAUUUCUGUUUGCUUUAACUGUUUUUCUACAUAUUGCCCAUCAACCAGACGUGUGUGAUUAUAGCGUUUGACAAUGGAAACUAGGCGUAACCGUGUACAACCAUCGCUGCAACAAAACGGGACGCUAAUGGUGGAAUGCUGCGCCGCCGGCACACUGCCGGGCACAGUGCUGCAGCACCGCGGCGCGCUGAUGUUGGCAGCUUUCAAUUUACGCGUGAAACGGCUCGAUAUAAAUGGGCGUUCUCCGCUGCAUGGGCAGCAGACUAUGGAAGGUUUUUGUGAGAUUUGUGCUUAGCUGUACACUUGGCUUUCGAUUUGUCGUGUAACUUGAUUCCUUCACCAAGAGCUGAUCCAUUGACACGGAGUCAGACACACUCGGGCAGCAACGCACAGCAAAGAAUUGCAAAUUUUUUCGGCUUAUAAGUUUUUGUGUGCAUUGAAUGUAAUCCUGUUCAAUUUCCCGUGCAUAUAAACCGCACUUCCGGUUGAAUUUGGGAAGAUGGCUAACAUCCAGAGAAUCCGCCAGGGCAGUAUCAAAGUGCCCCCUGAAUUUCGGGAGCCGACUAUCCGUGAAACUUCGGGCUUUCAUCCGGAAGACGAUGCUAAAGCUUUGCAGAAAGCUAUGAAAGGCUUUGGAACCGAUGAAAAGGCGAUCAUCAAUCUGCUGACAAAGCGAACUAAUCAACAGCGCCAAAUCAUUGCAGAAGCAUAUCAGACGCUGUUCAACAAGGAUCUUGCUAAAGAUUUGAAAUCGGAACUUAGCGGAACGCUGUCAGAUGUCGUUGUCGGGCUUAUGCAGUCACCGGAAGUGUUUGAUGCUCACGAAAUUCAUAAAGCGAUAUCUGGACUGGGCACAGAUGAGGAGACCCUUGUGGAAAUACUAUGUAGUCGUACUAAUGCGGAAUUAUAUGCCAUCAAGCUAACUUACCAAAAACUUUUUAAUAAAGAUGUGGAAAAGGAUAUUUCGGGAGACACUUCCGGUUACUUCCGACGAUUGCUGCUUGCGGAAUUCCAGAUUCCGCGGAAUGAAACGGACGAAAUCUUUCUCUACCAAUCUUAUCACGAAGCCUUGGCCCUUUGGGAAACUGGGCCGAAAAAAUGGCCACAAGACGAAGCAUUCUCCAUUCCUAUUUUUACCCGGCGCAGUCAUGCACACCUUCGCCAUGUGUUUGAUGAAUACAAAGCCAUAUGUGGACUGGACAUUGAAAAAGAUGUCACUAACGAACUCAGCGGCGAUGUGGCUGACUAUUUCUUGGCUAUCAUCAAGCUCACUCGAAAUCCACCGGCGUAUUUUGCUGAACGGCUGUACAAAGCUAUGAAAGGUCUGGGAACGACGGAACGAACAGUAGUGCGCAUUUUGGUUUCCCGGAGUGAAAAAGAUCUUGGCAAUAUUAAAUCGGAAUAUUUUCGCCUGUAUGGAAAAAGCCUUGAAAGUUGGAUUAGUGGUGAUUUUUCUGGUGACGCGAGAAAGAUCUUAUUGGCGCUGAUUGGAGAAGCAAAAUAAUCGACUUGACAACAGGAGACAUGGUGGAUUUGCCUAUAUUCAGUUCCAUUGCAUAUGUACUUUCAUGUUGUGAAUUUAAUUCGUCAAUUCACGGAUUCCAGUUUAAGUGUGAAUGCAUUGAUACUUGUCUCUUGUCUCUUAUCAUUCCAGCUCGAAGGAGUAUCUCACAUGAAACUGUCUUUUGAUCUUUUGUUCCUGAGAAGAUUUGCAUUUCCCUUUUCAAAGCAUUUUAAAAAAUGUGCUUGGUGUGGGUUAUUGUGUAUUUUGUAUUAAGUUAUUAAAACUGGAAAUAUUUUAUUUUUUUGUGUUUUUUCUCAUCAGUAGUAACGGAAGCGAUAAUUGUGUGUAAGUUUGCAUGUUUG